UUAAACAAGAAACGACGUGUGGUGUUUAAGCUAGAAGAAGAACCCUAAAACGAGGUUUAAGCUCCUACCUUGUCGGAGUGCUGUUGCAGCGUAUCAGAAGCUUCAGAAAAGCUGUACGGACAUGGAGAAAUCUUUGGUGGAUUUGGAAAACGGCACCACCUGCUCAUCCUGGAACUACUCCGGCCAGCGAUUAGCCGCCGGUUCGGCCGAUGGCUUCCUUUCCAUCUUCGACGCGCGCGAUUCUGCUUCUUCGUCAUUCACUCGCUCUUCCAAAUCCCGGGUACAUGAUACUGGUAUUGUCAAGGUUGUUUGGAUUCCUCCGGAAUAUGGCGACGCAGUUGCGUGUGUUUGUGCCGAUGGAACUUUGUCUUUGUGGGAGGAGGUCGUAGAAGAUGCACAACCCCUUCAGUGGAAGCUUUGCAAAAGCUUUAAAAGCAAUUCUUCUCAAGUGCUAGAUGUUCAAUUUGGAGUUUCGCUAUCUGGCUUGAAAAUGGUUGCUGCUUAUUCCGAUGGCCACAUCAGAGUCUAUGAGCUCUUAGAUCCCUUGGAACUGAAGAAUUGGCAACUUCAGGCUGAAUUUCAGAAUGUGAGUGACUCAGUAUCUACGUUGGGUAAGGCAUCGUGUUUGUCUGCGUCUAUUUCAUGGAAACCACAAAGAGGUGAAAGCCAGGAAUCAAGUUUUGUUUUGGGUUUUAAUUCAGAUACGCAACAACUUAAUUCCUCCAAGGUAUGGGAAUUUGAUCAGGCUCAUCAAAGAUGGCUUCCAGUUGCAGAAUUGGCUUUGCCUGGCAACAAGGGAGAUCAGGUCUAUUCUGUUGCAUGGGCACCAAAUAUUGGCAGGCCAUAUGAGGUAAUUGCUGUCGCCACCCACAAGGCAAUAGCGCUAUGGCAUCUUGGAUUGAUCCCUGACACAGAUGGAAGGCUCUCAGUGGAGCAAGUUGCAUUGCUUUCUGGUCACGCAGGCGAGAUGUGGCAGAUGGAAUGGGAUAUGAGUGGAAUGACCUUGGCAACCUCCGGAAGCGAUGGCAAAGUUAGGUUGUGGCAGUCUAACUUGAACGGUGUUUGGCACGAACAAGCUGCACUUGAACCCACCACUUAAGUAUCCGGCGUUCUCUCUUUGGCAUGCUCUCUCUGUGGUCUUUCGUGUAUAUUAUUGUCAUUUAAAACAGCCGUCCAAAUGCCGUGGUUUUUCUGAUUUGCUUGUACACAUUAUUAAUUUCUAUAACAACUACAUGAAGCUUAAUAUGAAAACUCUUAGA